UGAAUUUGAGCAACGAACACCUAUUCACACACGUUCACAGAUAUAUAUAUACCAAGCAAGUGCAGUAGUGUGUAUAUGCUAUACAAUAAAUUUUGCCUCUAGUUAAUUAGUUCUUUGAUAUCUGAUAAAACGAUCGAAUAGUUUGGAGCUCCAACGACUUGAGAUCGGUAGAAAUGGGAGGAGCUGACUGGGGUCCAGUGGCGGUAGCGGUGGUGCUGUUUGUAGUGUUAUCUCCGGGACUUCUCUUUCAGCUGCCGGCGAGGAGACGGGUGUUGGAGUGCGGCAACAUGACCACGAGUGGCAUAUCCAUACUGGUUCAUGCCAUCCUCUUUUUCGCUAUUAUCACCAUUUUGGUCAUCGCCAUUCAAAUUCACAUCCACAUCUAGUUUGUUUAUUUCUCAUAUAAUUAUAAAAGGUCUACAAGUUAGGCUGUACAAAUUCCCCUCAUGUGAUUUUGGUGUAAAAUUAUCGGGAAGAUAUUGCUUACUAUCUAUCAUGUAAUCAGGGGAGAAUCCAGGAUGGGUAAUUAAUGGGUGCACUCUUUAUAAUAAAAUAGAAACAGGUCAAAAGGUAGUAUCAAACCUUGGUUGUUACGGGUGCACACCAACACUUUUCCAACUAUUCUAACUAAAAUUUUAUGUUUCUUUACACGAAAA